AUGCGACGGACUGUGGUUACGGGGCCAUCGCUGUAUGGCCAGACGCAUCUGUCAGCUGGAGAAAGAGACAAGCAUGGAUUGACUUUGGGGGAGUCGGGACCCCUGUCUGGAAGAGGGGGCCAAAUGUACAGAUUCCGCCGCAGAACUGGGAAACCACCGUAUGAUCAUGGUGAUAACCCAGCAGUCUUAAAUCCACAUUAUUUCUCGCCCUUACCAGCAACUCGUGCCCCUUGUUUUGAGGCUCAAGUAGGAAUCGUGGCCAGUUUCACUCGGGGGGUUGGACCGCCCGACCCCGUUGUUGGUGUUUUAUUUUCGGAACAUCCAGUAGCCGGCCCCACUGGUGUCUCUGCAGCCAAUCAACCCCCGUAUAAUCAAUACGGAGGGGAUGGAUUGGGUGGAGCCAAGGGCGCGGGGAGUGGGUCUAGAGCCCACCUUACCAGUUAUGGACGUUGGAAAUUCCAGCGCCAAAACUCUACCGCCCAAAAUUUGCACCCUCCCGACUGCGCCGGUUCCCGAUCGGGGAUAGUGCGCCAGCCAGCGGGGCGCAAUCAGCAAGAGCAACCAAUGGCAGCUGCCCCCCUCAUCGCCGCCCUUGCCUGUCUGGGAUUAGCCCAGCUCGUCUAUCAGGCAGACGUCCAAAAACGCCUCAGCCAGCAGAUCCGUGCCGGACGAACAGCCUCCAUCAUCUCAUCUCUCUCCUUGAACCUCAACCGUCCUUCUCCAUCCAUCUCUCUCCGCCUUUCCUUGCCGGACUUACUUGUUCUUUUUUGA